AUGAAGGCUAUCCUUAUUCUGGGGUUUUUGUUCCUUUCUGUCACUGUCCAGGGCAAAGUCUUUGAAAAAUGCGAGUUGGCCAGAAUUCUGAAACAAAAUGGAAUGGAUGGCUUCAGAAGAAUUAGCUUGGCAAACUGGAUGUGUUUGGUCACAUGGGAGAGUGAGUACAAUACCCAAGCUACACACUACAAUCGUAAAGACAGAAGCACUGAUUAUGGGAUUUUUCAGAUUAAUAGCCGCUACUGGUGCAAUGAUGGCAAAACCCCAAGAGCAGUUAAUGGCUGUGGCAUAUCUUGUAGAGUUUUGCUGCAAGAUGAUAUCAAUCAAGCUAUCAAGUGUGCAAAGAGGGUUGUCAGUGAUCCACAAGGCAUUACAGCAUGGAGGGCAUGGCAAGACCAUUGUGAGAACCGGGAUCUCACUCAGUACAUUCAAGGCUGUGGAGUUUAA